UUCACAGCUCCAGCCUAACUUUGCCAUUCUCCAUAGCCCGGAGUUACACGCGAACACGAAAAACUGCAGCACAACUGUGAGAGGAAAGAGAGAGAAAAGUGACAAAAAGUAACACUAUAAAACUAAAGCGAGCCUUUCACGCAUCGAGAAAGAGAGAGAAACCACAUAAGUUUAGAAAGCGUUUGGUGGCAAACUUUUUGGGCUGUGGCAGAAAGACGUGGACCGCAAAGGAUGCCUGAGCAAAAGUGUUGAAGUUUCCAGCGAAAGAAAUAGGGUAGACGCGGUCCACACCAGGGGACAAGUGAAGAAAAAACAUUUACAGGAUGGAUGACGACCAGGACACAAGGGAAGUUCUUUUCCCACAAUGGAUGGGUCCUGAUAAACAUGGACUCACCAUUGAACAAACCAAUCACGGAGAGAUUUAUGUCACAGAGGUGAAAGAUGAGUCCCCUGCUGCUCAAACUGGGAAAGUACAUGAAGGUGACCAAAUUGUUGGGGCUACAAUUUACUUCGAUAACAUGAGCUCGGAGGAAACAGCUGAUCUACUGAAGACUUUAAAUCGACAUAAGGUUGGCCUCAAAUUGCAAAACAAGUCUGGAGAGAAGUCACCUUGCCGAUCUCCAAUGAGCACAAUGUCACGGGAAGGACGUGCAGCAUUCGGAGGAUCUAGUUCUGACAUUCUCCUGAGUGGGGAUGAUGAAGACUACAGAAGGAUCUACACUAAGAAGAUUAAACCCAGACUGAAGUCAGAGGAUCUUGCUGAGGGUGUUGAUGUGCGCACAGAACGCCAUAGUAGUACAAGCAGUGAUGGUUGCACCAUUACUACAGUUACUCGUCGAAUAACAACCUACACUGUGGAUGUGCCUGGGGAGAGUGACCAGCAAAUUGAUUACUCAAGCCCUGAGUUCAAAUAUCAGGUCUCUAAGCAUGAGCAGUUGGUGGGUGAUUCUACCCAAAUCAGAUUACCACAUGGCAGUGCAGAUGGAGGUAUUAAAAUGGGAGACAUAUCUCUUGGAGGACCCAAGGUCACAGGUUCCUAUGUGAAGCACUUUAGCACCGGACCUGUCAAAACAACAAGUGAAUUAGAUAUGAGUGAGAGGGAGAUUAGAAUUAAUGUGUCAGACACUGGACUGUUUGAGGGGAAGGGACAGGGAUAUUCUGAAAAGACGUUAACUGCUGAAGGUAGUGGUGGUCUUUCUGGCAAAGUGACAGGCUUAGAAACUGAAGUGGGACAUGUUUUUGAAUUAAAAGAUUCAAGAAUGAUAGGAGGAAAUGAGUUUGCCACAUCAAAGGGACCUGUUUUUGACACUCAUGUUUCAGGUUUUUCCAUCAGUGCUGGGGACAGAAACACAUCAGUUAUAAGCAGAGAUUCCUCGUCUGUUACACUUAAGGAUGGGUCUGAUGAUAAAACCAAAUUAUCUAAAUUUAGCAUAGAUAUUCAACAGCCCAAAGCAGAUUUUAAACGAUCUGAAGUUGAAGUCAGUCAGGGUUCUGAUAUAACCAUGUCCAAAGUAGAUGGUAAAGUAAAAUUACCAAAACUUGAAACUAGUGAAUCUGUUCUGUCAGGUCCCACAGAUGCAGUUAGUGGAGGAUUCAAAACUACCCAUGUCAAAGUGCAAUCAUUUGGAACUAAAGGAUCUACUGUAGGAGAUUCUAAUGUAGAAGUAAAUUUUAACAAUGAAAAUCCUACAGAUGACGGCCGCAGAGGUUUAAACUUCAAGACAUCAAAAAUUCUCACCACUACAGAUAUUAACAUUAAGGGUCCAGAAGGAAAAAUCAAAGGCUCUGAAUUCAAUGUGUCACAAGUCUCUGGCCCAAAAUGUAUGCCUGAUGUAGAUGCUAAUCUUAAAGGGCCAGUCCUGAAAAGAGACAUUGAUGUGUCUGUUCAAAAUGUUGAAGGGGGCUUUACUGGACCAUCAUUUGGGAUUAACGUUCAAAAGCCUGAUGUAAAAAUUCCCAAGGCUGAAAUGGAGAUUAAUGCACCAGUUGUGGAUAUUAAAGGUCCAGAUGUUGACAUUGAGGGACAUGAGGGAAAAAUCAAGGGCCCGAAAUUUCCAAUGCCAUCGAUUUCUGGAUCAAAGAUUUCUAUGCCAGAUGUGGAUUUCAACCUUAAAGGGCCGAAACUGAAAGGUGAUGUGGAUGUGUCAGUUCCAAAAGUCGAAGGAGAUAUUACAGCACCAAAGGUUGAAAUUGAAGGCCCAGACUUUGAAGGUUCUCAGGGUGGAUUCAAGAUGCCAACUAUCAAAAUGCCUUCAUUUGGACAGAGAGGUCCAAAAGGCGAAGGCUCUGAUGUUGAUGUGAAGCUUCCAAAAGCAGAAAUUGAUAUCAAAGCACCAGAUGUGGAUAUUAAAGGUCCAGAGCUUGACAUUGAGGGACCUGAGGGAAAAAUCAAGGGCUCCAAAUUUACAAUGUCAUCGAUUUCCGGACCAAAGAUUUCUAUGCCAGAUGUGGAUUUCAACCUUAAAGGGCCCAAACUGAAAGGUGAUGUGGAUGUGUCUGUUCCAAAAGUUGAAGGAGAUAUUAAAGCAUCAAAGGUUGAAAUUGAAGGCCCAGACUUUGAAGGUUCUAAGGGUGGUUUCAAGAUGCCAACUAUCAAAAUGCCUUCAUUUGGACAGAAAGGUCCAAAAGUCGAAGGCUCUGAUGUUGAUGUGAAGCUUCCAAAAGCAGAAAUUGAUAUCAAAGCACCAGAUGUGGAUAUUAAAGGUCCAGAGCUUAACAUUGAGGGACCUGAGGGAAAAAUCAAGGGCUCCAAAUUUACAAUGCCAUCGAUUUCUGGACCAAAGAUUUCUAUGCCAGAUGUGGAUUUCAACCUUAAAGGGCCCAAACUGAAAGGUGAUGUGGAUGUGUCUGUUCCAAAAGUUGAAGGAGAUAUUAAAGCAUCAAAGGUUGAAAUUGAAGGCCCAGACUUUGAAGGUUCUAAGGGUGGUUUCAAGAUGCCAACUAUCAAAAUGCCUUCAUUUGGACAGAAAGGUCCAAAAGUCGAAGGCUCUGAUGUUGAUGUGAAGCUUCCAAAAGCAGAAAUUGAUAUCAAAGCACCAGAUGUGGAUAUUAAAGGUCCAGAGCUUAACAUUGAGGGACCUGAGGGAAAAAUCAAGGGCUCCAAAUUUACAAUGCCAUCGAUUUCUGGACCAAAGAUUUCUAUGCCAGAUGUGGAUUUCAACCUUAAAGGGCCUAAACUGAAAGGUGACGUGGAUGUGUCUAUUCCAAAAGUCGAAGGAGAUAUUAAAGCACCAAAGGUUGAAAUUGAAGGCCCAGACUUUGAAGGUUCUAAGGGUGGAUUCCAGAUGCCAAAAAUCAAAAUGCCUUCAUUUGGACAGAAAGGUCCAAAAGUCGAAGGAUCUGAUGUUGAUGUGAAGCUUCCAAAAGCAGAAAUUGAUAUUAAAGCACCAGAUGUGGAUAUUAAAGGUCCAGAGCUUAACAUUGAGGGACCUGAGGGAAAAAUCAAGGGCUCCAAAUUUACAAUGCCAUCGAUUUCUGGACCAAAGAUUUCUAUGCCAGAUGUGGAUUUCAACCUCAAAGGGCCCAAACUGAAAGGUGACGUGGAUGUGUCUGUUCCAAAAGUUAAAGGAGAUAUUAAAGCACCAAAGGUUGAAAUUGAAGGCCCAGACUUUGAAGGUUCUGAGGGUGGAUUCCAGAUGCCAAAGAUCAAAAUGCCUUCAUUUGGACAGAAAGGUCCAAAAGUCGAAGGCUCUGAUGUUGAUGUGAAGCUUCCAAAAGCAGAAAUUGAUAUCAAAGCACCAGAUGUGGAUAUUAAAGGUCCAGAGCUUAACAUUGAGGGACCUGAGGGAAAAAUCAAGGGCUCCAAAUUUACAAUGCCAUCGAUUUCUGGACCAAAGAUUUCUAUGCCAGAUGUGGAUUUCAACCUUAAAGGGCCCAAACUGAAAGGUGACAUGGAUGUGUCUAUUCCAAAAGUCGAAGGAGAUAUAAAAGCACCAAAGGUUGAAAUUGAAGGCCCAGACUUUGAAGGUUCUAAGGGUGGAUUCCAGAUGCCAAAGAUCAAAAUGCCUUCAUUUGGACAGAAAGGUCCAAAAGUCGAAGGCUCUGAUGUUGAUGUGAAGCUUCCAAAAGCAGAAAUUGAUAUCAAAGCAACAGAUGUGGAUAUUAAAGGUCCAGAGCUUAACAUUGAGGGACCUGAGGGAAAAAUCAAGGGCUCCAAAUUUACAAUGCCAUCGAUUUCUGGACCAAAGAUUUCUAUGCCAGAUGUGGAUUUCAACCUUAAAGGGCCCAAACUGAAAGGUGACGUGGAUGUGUCUGUUCCAAAAGUUAAAGGAGAUAUUACAGCACCAAAGGUUGAAAUUGAAGGCCCAGACUUUGAAGGUUCUAAGGGUGGAUUCCAGAUGCCAAAGAUCAAAAUGCCUUCAUUUGGACAGAAAGGUCCAAAAGUCGAAGGCUCUGAUGUUGAUGUGAAGCUUCCAAAAGCAGAAAUUGAUAUCAAAGCAACAGAUGUGGAUAUUAAAGGUCCAGAGCUUAACAUUGAGGGACCUGAGGGAAAAAUCAAGGGCUCCAAAUUUACAAUGCCAUCGAUUUCUGGACCAAAGAUUUCUAUGCCAGAUGUGGAUUUCAACCUUAAAGGGCCCAAACUGAAAGGUGACGUGGAUGUGUCUGUUCCAAAAGUUAAAGGAGAUAUUACAGCACCAAAGGUUGAAAUUGAAGGCCCAGACUUUGAAGGUUCUAAGGGUGGAUUCCAGAUGCCAAAGAUAAAAAUGCCUUCAUUUGGACAGAAAGGUCCAAAAGUCGAAGGCUCUGAUGUUGAUGUGAAGCUUCCAAAAGCAGAAAUUGAUAUUAAAGCACCAGAUGUGGAUAUUAAAGGUCCAGAGCUUGACAUAGAGGGACCUGAGGGAAAAAUCAAGGGCCCCAAAUUUACAAUGCCAUCGAUUUCUGGACCAAAGAUUUCUAUGCCGGAUGUGGAUUUCAACCUUAAAGGGCCCAAACUGAAAGGUGACGUGGAUGUGUCUAUUCCAAAAGUCGAAGGAGAUAUUAAAGCACCAGAUCUGGAUAUUAAAGGUCCAGAGCUUGACAUUGAGGGACCUGAGGGAAAAAUCAAGGGCUCCAAAUUUACAAUGCCAUCGAUUUCUGGACCAAAGAUUUCUAUGCCAGAUGUGGAUUUCAACCUUAAAGGGCCCAAACUGAAAGGUGACGUGGAUGUGUCUAUUCCAAAAGUCGAAGGAGAUAUUAAAGCACCAAAGGUUGAAAUUGAAGGCCCAGACUUUGAAGGUUCUAAGGGUGGAUUCCAGAUGCCAAAAAUCAAAAUGCCUUCAUUUGGACAGAAAGGUCCAAAAGUCGAAGGCUCUGAUAUUGAUGUGAAGCUUCCAAAAGCAGAAAUUGAUAUCAAAGCACCAGAUGUGGAUAUUAAAGGUCCAGAGCUUAACAUUGAGGGACCUGAGGGAAAAAUCAAGGGUUCCAAAUUUACAAUGCCAUCGAUUUCUGGACCAAAGAUUUCUAUGCCAGAUGUGGAUUUCAACCUUAAAGGGCCCAAACUGAAAGGUGACGUGGAUGUGUCUAUUCCAAAAGUCGAAGGAGAUAUUAAAGCACCAAAGGUUGAAAUUGAAGGCCCAGACUUUGAAGGUUCUAAGGGUGGAUUCCAGAUGCCAAAAAUCAAAAUGCCUUCAUUUGGACAGAAAGGUCCAAAAGUCGAAGGCUCUGAUAUUGAUGUGAAGCUUCCAAAAGCAGAAAUUGAUAUCAAAGCACCAGAUGUGGAUAUUAAAGGUCCAGAGCUUAACAUUGAGGGACCUGAGGGAAAAAUCAAGGGCUCCAAAUUUACAAUGCCAUCGAUUUCUGGACCAAAGAUUUCUAUGCCAGAUGUGGAUUUCAACCUUAAAGGGCCCAAACUGAAAGGUGACGUGGAUGUGUCUAUUCCAAAAGUCGAAGGAGAUUUUAAAGCACCAGAUCUGGAUAUUAAAGGUCCAGAGCUUAACAUUGAGGGACCUGAGGGAAAAAUCAAGGGUUCCAAAUUUACAAUGCCAUCGAUUUCUGGACCAAAGAUUUCUAUGCCAGAUGUGGAUUUCAACCUUAAAGGGCCCAAACUGAAAGGUGACGUGGAUGUGUCUAUUCCAAAAGUCGAAGGAGAUAUUAAAGCACCAAAGGUUGAAAUUGAAGGCCCAGACUUUGAAGGUUCUAAGGGUGGAUUCCAGAUGCCAAAGAUCAAAAUGCCUUCAUUUGGACAGAAAGGUCCAAAAGUCGAAGGCUCUGAUGUUGAUGUGAAGCUUCCAAAAUCAGAAAUUGAUAUUAAAGCACCAGAUGUGGAUAUUAAAGGUCCAGUUCUUGACAUAGAGGGACCUGAGGGAAAAAUCAAGGGCCCCAAAUUUACAAUGCCUUCGAUUUCUGGACCAAAGAUUUCUAUGCCGGAUGUGGAUUUCAACCUUAAAGGGCCCAAACUGAAAGGUGACGUGGAUGUGUCUGUUCCAAAAGUUAAAGGAGAUAUUACAGCACCAAAGGUUGAAAUUGAAGGCCCAGACUUUGAAGGUUCUAAGGGUGGAUUCCAGAUGCCAAAGAUCAAAAUGCCUUCAUUUGGACAGAAAGGUCCAAAAGUCGAAGGCUCUGAUGUUGAUGUGAAGCUUGCAAAAGCAGAAAUUGAUAUUAAAGCACCAGAUGUGGAUAUUAAAGGUCCAGAGCUUGACAUAGAGGGACCUGAGGGAAAAAUCAAGGGCCCCAAAUUUACAAUGCCAUCGAUUUCUGGACCAAAGAUUUCUAUGCCGGAUGUGGAUUUCAACCUUAAAGGGCCCAAACUGAAAGGUGACGUGGAUGUGUCUAUUCCAAAAGUCGAAGGAGAUUUUAAAGCACCAGAUCUGGAUAUUAAAGGUCCAGAGCUUGACAUUGAGGGACCUGAGGGAAAAAUCAAGGGCUCCAAAUUUACAAUGCCAUCGAUUUCUGGACCAAAGAUUUCUAUGCCAGAUGUGGAUUUCAACCUUAAAGGGCCCAAACUGAAAGGUGACGUGGAUGUGUCUAUUCCAAAAGUCGAAGGAGAUAUUAAAGCACCAAAGGUUGAAAUUGAAGGCCCAGACUUUGAAGGUUCUAAGGGUGGGUUCCAGAUGCCAAAAAUCAAAAUGCCUUCAUUUGGACAGAAAGGUCCAAAAGUCGAAGGAUCUGAUGUUGAUGUGAAGCUUCCAAAAGCAAAAAUUGAUAUUAAAGCACCAGAUGUGGAUAUUAAAGGUCCAGAGCUUGACAUUGAGGGACCUGAGGGGAAAAUCAAGGGCUCCAAAUUCAAGAUGCCAUUUUCUAAACCAAAGAUUUCUAUGCCAGAUGUGGAUUUCAACCUAAAAGGGCCUAAACUGAAAGGUGAUGUGGAUGUGUCUGUUCCAAAAGUUAAAGGAGAUAUUAAAGCACCAGAUGUGGAUAUUAAAGGUCCAGAGCUUGACAUUGAGGGACCUGAGGGAAAAAUCAAGGGCUCCAAAUUUACAAUGCCAUCGAUUUCUGGACCAAAGAUUUUUAUGCCAGAUGUGGAUUUCAACCUAAAAGGGCCUAAACUGAAAGGUGAUGUGGAUGUGUCUGUUCCAAAAGUUAAAGGAGAUAUUAAAGCACCAGAUGUGGAUAUUAAAGGUCCAGAGCUUGACAUUGAGGGACCUGAGGGAAACAUCAAGGGCUCCAAAUUUACAAUGCCAUCGAUUUCUGGACCAAAGAUUUCUAUGCCAGAUGUGGAUUUCAACCUUAAAGGGCCCAAACUGAAAGGUGACGUGGAUGUGUCUAUUCCAAAAGUCGAAGGAGAUAUUAAAGCACCAAAGGUUGAAAUUGAAGGCCCAGACUUUGAAGGUUCUAAGGGUGGAUUCCAGAUGCCAAAGAUCAAAAUGCCUUCAUUUGGACAGAAAGGUCCAAAAGUCGAAGGCUCUGAUGUUGAUGUGAAGCUUCCAAAAGCAGAAAUUGAUAUUAAAGCACCACAUGUGGAUAUUAAAGGUCCAGAGCUUGACAUAGAGGGACCUGAGGGAAAAAUCAAGGGCACCAAAUUUUCAAUGCCAUCGAUUUCUGGACCAAAGAUUUCUAUGCCAGAUGUGGAUUUCAACCUUAAAGGGCCAAAACUGAAAGGUGAUGUGGAUGUGUCUGUUCCAAAAGUUAAAGGAGAUAUUAAAGCACCAGAUGUGGAUAUUAAAGGUCCAGAGCUUGACAUUGAGGGACCUGAGGGAAAAAUCAAGGGCACCAAAUUUUCAAUGCCAUCGAUUUCUGGACCAAAGAUUUCUAUGCCAGAUGUGGAUUUCAACCUUAAAGGGCCAAAACUGAAAGGUGAUGUGGAUGUGUCUGUUCCAAAAGUUAAAGGAGAUAUUAAAGCACCAGAUGUGGAUAUUAAAGGUCCAGAGCUUGACAUUGAGGGACCUGAGGGAAAAAUCAAGGGCUCCAAAUUUACAAUGCCAUCGAUUUCUGGACCAAAGAUUUCUAUGCCGGAUGUGGAUUUCAACCUUAAAGGGCCCAAACUGAAAGGUGAUGUGGAUGUGUCUAUUCCAAAAGUCGAAGGAGAUAUUAAAGCACCAAAGGUUGAAAUUGAAGGCCCAGACUUUGAAGGUUCUAAGGGUGGAUUCCAGAUGCCAAAAAUCAAAAUGCCUUCAUUUGGACAGAAAGGUCCAAAAGUCGAAGGCCCUGAUGUUGAUGUGAAGCUUCCAAAAGCAGAAAUUGAGAUUAAAGCACCAGAUGUGGAUAUCAAGAGUCCAGAGCUUGACAUUGAGGGACCUAAGGGAAAAUUCAAAGGCCCCAAAUUUGCAAUGCCAUCGAUUUCUGGACCAGAUGUUGAUUUCAAUCUUAAAGGGCCCAAACUAAAAGGUGAUGUUGAUGUGAAACUUCCAAAAGCAGAAAUGGCUAUUAAAGGUCCAAAAGUUGAAGGAGAUAUUAAACCACCAAAAGUUGAAAUUGAAGGCCCAGACUUUAAAGGUUCUGAGGGUGGUUUCAAGAUGCCAACUAUCAAAAUGCCUUCAUUUGGACAGAAAGGUCCAAAAGUCGAAGGCCCUGAUGUUGAUGUAAAACUUCCAAAAGCAGAAAUUGAGAUUAAAGCACCAGAUGUGGAUAUCAAGUGUCCAGAGCUUGACAUUGAGGGACCUGAGGGAAAAAUCAAGGGCCCCAAAUUUACAAUGCAAUCGGUUUCUGGACCAAAGAUUUCUAUGCCGGAUGUGGAUUUCAACCUUAAAGGGCCCAAACUAAAAGGUGAUGCUGAUGUCUCACAUGAUGUUGAUAUCCAGUUACCAGAGAUGGACAUAGAGGGCCCUAAUGUUGAUUUAGAUGUUCCUGGAGGUAGUGUGAAAAAAGGCAAGUUCAAAAUGCCAAAGUUUGGAUUUAAAAGUCCAAAGAUUGAAGGUCCUGAUGUGGAAGCCAAGCUUCCCAAAGGAGCAAAAGGCAGCAUUGAAGUUCCAGAUGUUGAUAUCACAACACCUAACAUCAAAGCUAAAGGAUCCAAAUUUAAAAUGGGAUCAAUAUCAAGUCCAAAGAUGUCUUUACCUGAUGUUGACUUAAGCUUGAAAGGAUCCAAAGUAAAAGGUCAAGCUGGAGUAAAUGUUGAGAGUGAUGUCAGUGUGCCGAAAGUGGAAGUUGAUUCUCCAAGUUUUGAUGUUAAAAGUCCAGAGGGAGGUUUUAAGAUGCCAAAAUUUAAGAUGCCAAAAUUUGGAUUUAAAUCACCUAAAGGAGACAUUGACACGAGUCUACCUACCAGUGAUGUUAGUAUUAAAUCACCAGAAAUUGAUAUUAAAUCUCCUGAUCUGAACAUUGAGGGUUCAGGUGGAAAAAUCAAGGGUCCAAAAUUCAAAAUGCCUCACAUAUCUGGACCAAAUAUAUCAAUGCCAGAUGUAGACUUCAAUCUUAAAGGCCCCAAAGUCAAGGGUGAUGUGGAUGUUUCUGUGCCAAAGAUCAAAGGUGACCUAAAGGCUCCGAAAUUAGACAUUGAAGGUCCUGAGAUUGAUGUCAACCUGCCAAAAGCUGAUGUUGACAUUAAAGGACCUGAAAUUGACAUCAAAACUCCAGAUCUUGACAUUGAAGGUCCUGAGGGAAAAAUCAAGGGUCCAAAAUUCAAAAUGCCUCACAUAUCUGGACCAAAUAUCUCAAUGCCAGAUGUAGACUUCAACCUUAAAGGCCCCAAAGUCAAGGGUGAUGUGGAUGUUUCUGUGCCAAAGAUCAAAGGUGACCUAAAGGCUCCGAAAUUAGACAUUGAAGGUCCUGAUGUUGAUAUUGAGGGUCCCAAGGGUGGUUUCAGCAUGCCUAAAGUCACAAUGCCAUCAUUUGGAUUUAAGGGUCCUAAAGUGGAGGGUCCUGAAAUUGAUGUCAAUCUGCCAAAGGCUGAUGUUGACAUUAAAGGACCUGAAAUUGACAUCAAAACUCCAGAUCUUGACAUUGAAGGUCCUGAGGGAAAAAUCAAGGGUUCAAAAUUCAAAAUGCCUCGCAUAUCUGGACCAAAUAUCUCAAUGCCAGAUGUAGACUUCAAUCUUAAAGGCCCCAAAGUCAAGGGUGAUGUGGAUGUUUCUGUGCCAAAGAUCAAAGGUGACCUAAAGGCUCCGAAAUUAGACAUUGAAGGUCCUGAUGUUGAUAUCGAGGGUCCUGAGGGUGGUUUCAGCAUGCCUAAAUUCAAAAUGCCAUCAUUUGGAUCUAAGGGUCCUAAAGUGGAGGGUCCUGAGAUUGAUGUCAACCUGCCAAAAGCUGAUGUUGACAUUAAAGGACCUGAAAUUGACAUCAAAACUCCAGAUCUUGACAUUCAUGGUCCUGAGGGAAAAAUCAAGGGUCCAAAAUUCAAAAUGCCUCACAUAUCUGGACCAAAUAUCUCAAUGCCAGAUGUAGACUUCAAUCUUAAAGGCCCCAAAGUCAAAGGUGAUGUGGAUGUUUCUGUGCCAAAGAUCAAAGGUGACCUAAAGGCUCCGAAAUUAGACAUUGAAGGUCCUGAUGUUGAUAUCGAGGGUCCCAAGGGUGGUUUCAAAAUGCCUACAUUUAAAAUGCCAUCAUUUGGAUCUAAGGGUCCUAAACUGGAGGGUCCUGAGAUUGAUGUCAAUCUGCCAAAAGCUGAUGUUGACAUUAAAGGACCUGAAAUUGACAUCAAAACUCCAGAUCUUGACAUUCAUGGUCCUGAGGGAAAAAUCAAGGGUCCAAAAUUCAAAAUGCCUCACAUAUCUGGACCAAAUAUCUCAAUGCCAGAUGUAGACUUCAAUCUUAAAGGCCCCAAAGUCAAGGGUGAUGUGGAUGUUUCUGUGCCAAAGAUCAAAGGUGACCUAAAGGCUCCGAAAUUAGACAUUGAAGGUCCUGAUGUUGAUAUCGAGGGUCCUGAGGGUGGUUUCAGCAUGCCUAAAUUCAAAAUGCCAUCAUUUGGAUCUAAGGGUCCUAAAGUGGAGGGUCCUGAGAUUGAUGUCAACCUGCCAAAAGCUGAUGUUGACAUUAAAGGACCUGAAAUUGACAUCAAAACUCCAGAUCUUGACAUUCAUGGUCCUGAGGGAAAAAUUAAGGGUCCAAAAUUCAAAAUGCCUCACAUAUCUGGACCAAAUAUCUCAAUGCCAGAUGUAGACUUCAAUCUUAAAGGCCCCAAAGUUAAAGGUGAUGUGGAUGUUUCUGUGCCAAAGAUCAAAGGUGACCUAAAGGCUCCGAAAUUAGACAUUGAAGGUCCUGAUGUUGAUAUCGAGGGUCCUGAGGGUGGUUUCAAAAUGCCUAAAUUCAAAAUGCCAUCAUUUGGAUCUAAGGGUCCUAAACUGGAGGGUCCUGAGAUUGAUGUCAAUCUGCCAAAAGCUGAUGUUGACAUUAAAGGACCUGAAAUUGACAUCAAAACUCCAGAUCUUGACAUUCAUGGUCCUGAGGGAAAAAUUAAGGGUCCAAAAUUCAAAAUGCCUCACAUAUCUGGACCAAAUAUCUCAAUGCCAGAUGUAGACUUCAAUCUUAAAGGCCCCAAAGUUAAAGGUGAUGUGGAUGUUUCUGUGCCAAAGAUCAAAGGUGACCUAAAGGCUCCGAAAUUAGACAUCGAAGGUCCUGAUGUUGAUAUCGAGGGUCCUGAGAGUGGUUUCAAAAUGCCUAAAUUCAAAAUGCCAUCAUUUGGAUCUAAGGGUCCUAAACUGGAGGGUCCUGAGAUUGAUGUCAAUCUGCCAAAAGCUGAUGUUGACAUUAAAGGACCUGAAAUUGACAUCAAAACUCCAGAUCUUGACAUUCAUGGUCCUGAGGGAAAAAUCAAGGGUCCAAAAUUUAAAAUGCCUCACAUAUCUGGACCAAAUAUCUCAAUGCCAGAUGUAGACUUCAAUCUCAAAGGCCCCAAAGUCAAGGGUGAUGUGGAUGUUUCUGUGCCAAAGAUCAAAGGUGACCUAAAGGCUCCGAAAUUAGACAUUGAAGGUCCUGAUGUUGAUAUUGAGGGUCCCAAGGGUGGUUUCAAAAUGCCUACAUUUAAAAUGCCAUCAUUUGGAUCUAAGGGUCCUAAACUGGAGGGUCCUGAGAUUGAUGUCAAUCUGCCAAAAGCUGAUGUUGACAUUAAAGGACCUGAAAUUGACAUCAAAACUCCAGAUCUUGACAUUCAUGGUCCUGAGGGAAAAAUCAAGGGUCCAAAAUUCAAAAUGCCUCACAUAUCUGGACCAAAUAUCUCAAUGCCAGAUGUAGACUUCAAUCUUAAAGGCCCCAAAGUCAAAGGUGAUGUGGAUGUUUCUGUGCCAAAGAUCAAAGGUGACCUAAAGUCUCCAAAAUUAGACAUUGAAGGUCCUGAUGUUGAUAUCGAGGGUCCUGAGGGUGGUUUCAGCAUGCCUAAAUUCAAAAUGCCAUCAUUUGGAUCUAAGGGUCCUAAACUGGAGGGUCCUGAGAUUGAUGUCAAUCUGCCAAAAGCUGAUGUUGACAUUAAAGGACCUGAAAUUGACAUCAAAACUCCAGAUCUUGACAUUCAUGGUCCUGAGGGAAAAAUCCAGGGUCCAAAAUUUAAAAUGCCUCACAUAUCUGGACCAAAUAUCUCAAUGCCAGAUGUAGACUUCAAUCUCAAAGGCCCCAAAGUCAAGGGGGAUGUGGAUGUUUCUGUGCCAAAGAUCAAAGGUGACCUAAAGGCUCCGAAAUUAGACAUUGAAGGUCCUGAUGUUGAUAUUGAGGGUCCCAAGGGUGGUUUCAAAAUGCCUACAUUUAAAAUGCCAUCAUUUGGAUCUAAGGGUCCUAAACUGGAGGGUCCUGAGAUUGAUGUCAAUCUGCCAAAAGCUGAUGUUGACAUUAAAGGACCUGAAAUUGACAUCAAAACUCCAGAUCUUGACAUUCAUGGUCCUGAGGGAAAAAUCAAGGGUCCAAAAUUCAAAAUGCCUCACAUAUCUGGACCAAAUAUCUCAAUGCCAGAUGUAGACUUCAAUCUUAAAGGCCCCAAAGUCAAGGGUGAUGUGGAUGUUUCUGUGCCAAAGAUCAAAGGUGACCUAAAGUCUCCAAAAUUAGACAUUGAAGGUCCUGAUGUUGAUAUCGAGGGUCCUGAGGGUGGUUUCAGCAUGCCUAAAUUCAAAAUGCCAUCAUUUGGAUCUAAGGGUCCUAAACUGGAGGGUCCUGAGAUUGAUGUCAAUCUGCCAAAAGCUGAUGUUGACAUUAAAGGACCUGAAAUUGACAUCAAAACUCCAGAUCUUGACAUUCAUGGUCCUGAGGGAAAAAUUAAGGGUCCAAAAUUCAAAAUGCCUCAAAUAUCUGGACCAAAUAUCUCAAUGCCAGAUGUAGACUUCAAUCUUAAAGGCCCCAAAGUUAAAGGUGAUGUGGAUGUUUCUGUGCCAAAGAUCAAAGGUGACCUAAAGGCUCCGAAAUUAGACAUUGAAGGUCCUGAUGUUGAUAUCGAGGGUCCCAAGGGUGGUUUCAAAAUGCCUACAUUUAAAAUGCCAUCAUUUGGAUCUAAGGGUCCUAAACUGGAGGGUCCUGAGAUUGAUGUCAAUCUGCCAAAAGCUGAUGUUGACAUUAAAGGACCUGAAAUUGACAUCAAAACUCCAGAUCUUGACAUUCAUGGUCCUGAGGGAAAAAUCAAGGGUCCAAAAUUCAAAAUGCCUCACAUAUCUGGACCAAAUAUCUCAAUGCCAGAUGUAGACUUCAAUCUCAAAGGCCCCAAAGUCAAGGGUGAUGUGGAUGUUUCUGUGCCAAAGAUCAAAGGUGACCUAAAGGCUCCGAAAUUAGACAUUGAAGGUCCUGAUGUUGAUAUUGAGGGUCCCAAGGGUGGUUUCAGGAUGCCUAAAGUCACAAUGCCAUCAUUUGGAUUUAAGGGUCCUAAAGUGGAGGGUCCUGAGAUUGAUGUCAACCUGCCAAAAGCUGAUGUUGACAUUAAAGGACCUGAAAUUGACAUCAAAACUCCAGAUCUUGACAUUCAUGGUCCUGAGGGAAAAAUCAAGGGUCCAAAAUUCAAAAUGCCUCACAUAUCUGGACCAAAUAUCUCAAUGCCAGAUGUAGACUUCAAUCUUAAAGGCCCCAAAGUCAAAGGUGAUGUGGAUGUUUCUGUGCCAAAGAUCAAAGGUGACCUAAAGGCUCCGAAAUUAGACAUUGAAGGUCCUGAUGUUGAUAUUGAGGGUCCUGAGGGUGGUUUCAGCAUGCCUAAAUUCAAAAUGCCAUCAUUUGGAUCUAAGGGUCCUAAACUGGAGGCUGAUGUUGACAUUAAAGGACCUGAAAUUGACAUCAAAACUCCAGAUCUUGACAUUCAUGGUCCUGAGGGAAAAAUCAAGGGUCCAAAAUUCAAAAUGCCUCACAUAUCUGGACCAAAUAUCUCAAUGCCAGAUGUAGACUUCAAUCUCAAAGGCCCCAAAGUCAAGGGUGAUGUGGAUGUUUCUGUGCCAAAGAUCAAAGGUGACCUAAAGGCUCCGAAAUUAGACAUUGAAGGUCCUGAUGUUGAUAUUGAGGGUCCCAAGGGUGGUUUCAAAAUGCCUACAUUUAAAAUGCCAUCAUUUGGAUCUAAGGGUCCUAAACUGGAGGGUCCUGAGAUUGAUGUCAAUCUGCCAAAAGCUGAUGUUGACAUUAAAGGACCUGAAAUUGACAUCAAAACUCCAGAUCUUGACAUUCAUGGUCCUGAGGGAAAAAUCAAGGGUCCAAAAUUCAAAAUGCCUCACAUAUCUGGACCAAAUAUCUCAAUGCCAGAUGUAGACUUCAAUCUCAAAGGCCCCAAAGUCAAGGGUGAUGUGGAUGUUUCUGUGCCAAAGAUCAAAGGUGACCUAAAGGCUCCGAAAUUAGACAUUGAAGGUCCUGAUGUUGAUAUUGAGGGUCCCAAGGGUGGUUUCAAAAUGCCUACAUUUAAAAUGCCAUCAUUUGGAUCUAAGGGUCCUAAACUGGAGGGUCCUGAGAUUGAUGUCAAUCUGCCAAAAGCUGAUGUUGACAUUAAAGGACCUGAAAUUGACAUCAAAACUCCAGAUCUUGACAUUCAUGGUCCUGAGGGAAAAAUCAAGGGUCCAAAAUUCAAAAUGCCUCACAUAUCUGGACCAAAUAUCUCAAUGCCAGAUGUAGACUUCAAUCUUAAAGGCCCCAAAGUCAAGGGUGAUGUGGAUGUUUCUGUGCCAAAGAUCAAAGGUGACCUAAAGGCUCCGAAAUUAGACAUUGAAGGUCCUGAUGUUGAUAUUGAGGGUCCUGAGGGUGGUUUCAGCAUGCCUAAAUUCAAAAUGCCAUCAUUUGGAUCUAAGGGUCCUAAACUGGAGGGUCCUGAGAUUGAUGUCAAUCUGCCAAAAGCUGAUGUUGACAUUAAAGGACCUGAAAUUGACAUCAAAACUCCAGAUCUUGACAUUCAUGGUCCUGAGGGAAAAAUCAAGGGUCCAAAAUUCAAAAUGCCUCACAUAUCUGGACCUAAUAUCUCAAUGCCAGAUGUAGACUUCAAUCUUAAAGGCCCCAAAGUCAAGGGUGAUGUGGAUGUUUCUGUGCCAAAGAUCAAAGGUGACCUAAAGGCUCCGAAAUUAGACAUUGAAGGUCCUGAUGUUGAUAUCGAGGGUCCUGAGGGUGGUUUCAGCAUGCCUAAAUUCAAAAUGCCAUCAUUUGGAUCUAAGGGUCCUAAAGUGGAGGGUCCUGAGAUUGAUGUCAACCUGCCAAAAGCUGAUGUUGACAUUAAAGGACCUGAAAUUGACAUCAAAACUCCAGAUCUUGACAUUGAAGGUCCUGAGGGAAAAAUCAAGGGUCCAAAAUUCAAAAUGCCUCGCAUAUCUGGACCAAAUAUCUCAAAGCCAGAUGUAGACUUCAAUCUCAAAGGCCCCAAAGUCAAGGGUGAUGUGGAUGUUUCUGUGCCAAAGAUCAAAGGUGACCUAAAGGCUCCAAAAUUAGACAUUGAAGGUCCUGAUGUUGAUAUCAAGGGUCCUAAGGGUGGUUUCAGGAUGCCUAAAUUCAAAAUGCCAUCAUUUGGACAUAAGGGUCCUAAAGUGGAGGGUCCUGAAAUUGAUGUCAACCUUCCAAAAGCUGAUGUUGACAUUAAAGGACCUGAAAUUGACAUCAAAACUCCAGAUCUUGACAUUCAUGGUCCUGAGGGAAAAAUCAAGGGUCCAAAAUUCAAAAUGCCUCACAUAUCUGGACCAAAUAUCUCAAUGCCAGAUGUAGACUUCAAUCUUAAAGGCCCCAAAGUCAAGGGCGAUGUGGAUGUUUCUGUGCCGAAGAUCAAAGGUGACCUAAAGUCUCCAAAAUUAGACAUUGAAGGUCCUGAUGUUGAUAUUGAGGGUCCCAAGGGUGGUUUCAGGAUGCCUAAAGUCACAAUGCCAUCAUUUGGAUUUAAGGGUCCUAAAGUGGAGGGUCCUGAAAUUGAUGUCAACCUGCCAAAAGCUGAUGUUGACAUUAAAGGACCUGAAAUUGACAUCAAAACUCCAGAUCUUGACAUUGAAGGUCCUGAGGGAAAAAUCAAGGGUCCAAAAUUCAAAAUGCCUCACAUAUCUGGACCAAAUAUCUCAAUGCCAGAUGUAGACUUCAAUCUUAAAGGCCCCAAAGUCAAGGGUGAUGUGGAUGUUUCUGUGCCAAAGAUCAAAGGUGACCUUAAGUCUCCAAAAUUAGACAUUAAAGGUCCUGAUGUUGAUAUCGAGGGUCCUGAGGGUGGUUUCAAAAUGCCUACAUUCAAAAUGCCAUCAUUUGGACAUAAGGGUCCUAAAUUGGAGGGUCCUGAUAUUGAUGUCAAUCUGCCAAAAGCUGAUGUUGACAUUAAAGGACCUGAAAUUGACAUCAAAACUCCAGAUCUUGACAUCCAUGGUCCUGAGGGAAAAAUCAAGGGUCCAAAAUUCAAAAUGCCUCACAUAUCUGGACCAAAUAUCUCAAUGCCAGAUGUAGACUUCAAUCUUAAAGGCCCCAAAGUCAAAGGUGAUGUGGAUGUUUCUGUACCAAAGAUCAAAGGUGACCUUAAGUCUCCAAAAUUAGACAUUGAAGGUCCUGAUGUUGAUAUUGAGGGUCCCAAGGGUGGUUUCAGGAUGCCUAAAGUCACAAUGCCAUCAUUUGGAUUGAAGGGUCCUAAAUUGGAGGGUCCUGAAAUUGAUGUCAACUUGCCAAAAGCUGAUGUUGACAUUAAAGGACCUGAAAUUGACAUCAAAACUCCAGAUCUUGACAUUGAAGGUCCUGAGGGAAAAAUCAAGGGUCCAAAAUUCAAAAUGCCUCAUAUAUCUGGACCUAAUAUCUCAAUGCCAGAUGUAGACUUCAAUCUUAAAGGCCCCAAAGUCAAAGGUGAUGUGGAUGUUUCUGUGCCAACAAUCAAAGGUGACCUAAAGGCUCCGAAAUUAGACAUUGAAGGUCCUGAUGUCGAUAUCGAGGGUCCCAAGGGUGGUUUCAAAAUGCCUACAUUUAAAAUGCCAUCAUUUGGAUUUAAGGGUCCUAAACUGGAGGGUCCUGAGAUUGAUGUCAAUCUGCCAAAAGCUGAUGUUGACAUUAAAGGACCUGAAAUUGACAUCCAAACGCCAGAUCUUGACAUUGAAGGUCCUGAGGGAAAAAUCAAGGGUCCAAAAUUCAAAAUGCCUCAUAUAUCUGGACCGAAUAUCUCAAUGCCAGAUGUAGACUUCAACCUUAAAGGCCCCAAAGUCAAAGGUGAUGUGGAUGUUUCUGUGCCAAAGAUCAAAGGUGACCUUAAGUCUCCAAAAAUAGACAUUGAAGGUCCUGAUGUUGAUAUUGAGGGUCCCAAGGGUGGUUUCAGGAUGCCUAAAGUCACAAUGCCAUCAUUUGGAUUUAAGGGUCCUAAAGUGGAGGGUCCUGAAAUUGAUGUCAACUUGCCAAAAGCUGAUGUUGACAUUAAAGGACCUGAAAUUGACAUCAAAACUCCAGAUCUUGACAUUCAUGGUCCUGAGGGAAAAAUCAAGGGUCCAAAAUUCAAAAUGCCUCACAUAUCUGGACCAAAUAUCUCAAUGCCAGAUGUAGACUUCAAUCUUAAAGGCCCCAAAGUCAAGGGUGAUGUGGAUGUUUCUGUGCCAAAGAUCAAAGGUGACCUUAAGUCUCCAAAAUUAGACAUUAAAGGUCCUGAUGUUGAUAUCGAGGGUCCUGAGGGUGGAUUCAAAAUGCCUACAUUCAAAAUGCCAUCAUUUGGACAUAAGGGUCCUAAAUUGGAGGGUCCUGAGUUUGAUGUCAAUCUGCCAAAAGCUGAUGUUGACAUUAAAGGACCUGAAAUUGACAUCAAAACUCCAGAUCUUGACAUUGAAGGUCCUGAGGGAAAAAUCAAGGGUCCAAAAUUCAAAAUGCCUCACAUAUCUGGACCAAAUAUCUCAAUGCCAGAUGUAGACUUCAAUCUUAAAGGCCCCAAAGUCAAAGGUGAUGUGGAUGUUUCUGUGCCAAAGAUCAAAGGUGACCUUAAGUCCCCAAAAUUAGACAUUGAAGGUCCUGAUGUUGAUAUUGAGGGACCCAAGGGUGGUUUCAGGAUGCCUAAAGUCACAAUGCCAUCAUUUGGAUUUAAGGGUCCUAAAGUGGAGGGUCCUGAAAUUGAUGUCAACUUGCCAAAAGCUGAUGUUGACAUUAAAGGACCUGAAAUUGACAUCAAAACUCCAGAUCUUGACAUUGAAGGUCCUGAGGGAAAAAUCAAAGGUCCAAAAUUCAAAAUGCCUCACAUAUCUGGACCAAAUAUCUCAAUGCCAGAUGUAGACUUCAAUCUUAAAGGCCCCAAAGUCAAGGGUGAUGUGGAUGUUUCUGUGCCAAAGAUCAAAGGUGACCUAAAGGCUCCGAAAUUAGACAUUGAAGGUCCUGAUGUUGAUAUCGAGGGUCCCAAGGGUGGAUUCAAAAUGCCUACAUUUAAAAUGCCAUCAUUUGGAUCUAAGGGUCCUAAACUGGAGGGUCCUGAGAUUGAUGUCAAUCUGCCAAAGGCUGAUGUUGACAUUAAAGGACCUGAAAUUGACAUCCAAAUGCCAGAUCUUGACAUUCAUGGUCCUGAGGGAAAAAUCAAGGGUCCAAAAUUCAAAAUGCCUCACAUAUCUGGACCAAAUAUCUCAAUGCCAGAUGUAGACUUCAAUCUUAAAGGCCCCAAAGUCAAGGGUGAUGUUGAUGUUUCUGUGCCAAAGAUCAAAGGUGACCUUAAGUCUCCAAAAUUAGACAUUGAAGGUCCUGAUGUUGAUAUUGAGGGUCCCAAGGGUGGUUUCAGGAUGCCUAAAGUCACAAUGCCAUCAUUUGGAUUUAAGGGUCCUAAAGUGGAGGGUCCUGAAAUUGAUGUCAAUCUGCCAAAAGCUGAUGUUGACAUUAAAGGACCUGAAAUUGACAUCAAAACUCCAGAUCUUGACAUUCAUGGUCCUGAGGGAAAAAUCAAAGGUCCAAAAUUCAAAAUGCCUCACAUAUCUGGACCAAAUAUCUCAAUGCCAGAUGUAGACUUCAAUCUUAAAGGCCCCAAAGUCAAGGGUGAUGUGGAUGUUUCUGUGCCAAAGAUCAAAGGUGACCUAAAGGCUCCGAAAUUAGACAUUGAAGGUCCUGAUGUUGAUAUCGAGGGUCCCAAGGGUGGAUUCAAAAUGCCUACAUUUAAUAUGCCAUCAUUUGGAUCUAAGGGUCCUAAACUGGAGGGUCCUGAGAUUGAUGUCAAUCUUCCAAAGGCUGAUGUUGACAUUAAAGGACCUGAAAUUGACAUCAAAACUUCAGAUCUUGACAUUGAAGGUCCUGAGGGAAAAAUCAAAGGUCCAAAAUUCAAAAUGCCUCACAUAUCUGGACCAAAUAUCUCAAUGCCAGAUGUAGACUUCAAUCUUAAAGGCCCCAAAGUCAAGGGUGAUGUGGAUGUUUCUGUGCCAAAGAUCAAAGGUGACCUAAAGGCUCCGAAAUUAGACAUUGAAGGUCCUGAUGUUGAUAUCGAGGGUCCCAAGGGUGGAUUCAAAAUGCCUACAUUUAAAAUGCCAUCAUUUGGAUCUAAGGGUCCUAAACUGGAGGGUCCUGAGAUUGAUGUCAAUCUGCCAAAGGCUGAUGUUGACAUUAAAGGACCAGGCCCCAAAGUCAAGGGUGAUGUAGAUGUUUCUGUGCCAAAGAUCAAAGGUGACCUAAAGGCUACGAACUUAGACAUUGAAGGUCCUGAUCUUGAUAUCAAGGGACCUGAGGGGGGUUUCAAUAUGCCUAAAGUCAAAAUGCCAAAAUUUGGACUCCAGGGUCCUAAACUGGGGGGUCCUGAAGUUGAUGUCAACUUACCAAAAGCUGAUUUUGAUAUUGCAGGACCUAAAAUAGACAUCAAAACUCCAGAUGUUGAUAUCAAAGGACCUGAAGGAAAAAUAAGUGGACCAGAUGUAAACAUCAAAAUGCCUAAAACAAAGAAAUCCAAAUUUACAUUUGGAGGUAAAAGCCCAAAAUUAGAGGCAGAAAUUCCUGAUGUUGGUGGCAGUGUAGAAGGACCUGAUAUGAACAUAGAUUUUAAAGGAAAGAAGGGUAAAUUUAAAUUGGCGAAAGGAAAGGGAAAGUCAAAACCUUUUGAUGGUGAUAUGAAGACUGAAAAUGUUAAGAUAGAGACACAUGAUCCUGACUUGCAGCUGAAGCCUGCCAAAGUAAAGAAGCCAUUUUUUGGAAAGCUACAUUUUCCUGAUGUGGAAUUUGACAUAAAAUCUCCAAAAGUAAAAGGAGCUGUAAAAUCAUCAGAUAUUGAUUUGCCAUCUGCAAGCCUUAAAACUGAUGUUCAAGGUGUUGAUAUUCAGACCCCAGGUACUAGUUUGGAGAGCCCGGAUAUUAAAGCAAAAGAGAGUAAAAUCAAAAUGCCAAAAUUUAGCACAUCGGGCAAGGGUGUUAGCUUAAAUGCUCCAGGUGUCACUGGAUCUGGCAUUAAUGGAAAGGGCAGUGCUAAAAUUGAUGUUGAAGGAGGAAAUCAGGAUGUUGAGCUCGCAAUGCCGUCUGUUAAAAUCCAUGGUGAUGAUUUUGGUGCUGGUUUAAAUCUCGCUGAACAAAAGGCUGUAAAAGGGCGCAUUGAAAUGUCAGGCUUGGAUGUAAGGGGACAAACAGGAGAAAUAACAGGUGGUAUGGAGUACCAAGAAGGUCAUGUAACCUUUCCUAAAAUCAAAGUACCAAAGUUUGGUAUUGCAUUGCCAAAAGUAGAAGGAAAAGAGAUUGGAGCAGCAGAUGUAGGUUCAGCAGAACUGGCUGCUAGUGGUAAUGUUAUGUCCCAGAAUCUGGAGAUGCAAAGUACAGAUGUGAAAACCAGUGGUGCAAAAGUGAAAGUCAAGAUGCCAAAAAUGUUUGUAAAAUCUAAAUCUAAGGGUGGAAGUGCAAGUGAUCUUGCUUUUCAAGGAGAAGACACUGAUGUUGCUGCUAAAGCUAGUGGAAAGGCAUUUAAGGAAUUGAGUCUUAGUUCUGGGGAAUUGGCAAGUGGCAAGGUAGCAGUAGAAGGAUUAAAGGUUUCACCGAAAAGUAAAUCUGCCUCCCUUGACUUCUUUAAAAAGUCACGACAUCACUCAUCUUCAGUGAGUGAUGAAGGGGGUUUAGCUUCCCCCGUCUCUACCGAAGGGCACUUACAGGCAGAGGGUGGCAACAUUUCAAUCGAUGUUGGAGAAACUAAGGUUAAAGGCAAAAAAGGAAAGAUUAAGUUUGCUACAAUUGGAGGUUUUAGCUCGAAAGGUAAAGGUUCAUAUGAAGUGACACUUGGAGAUGAAACUGAGGCUAGGUCUGAGGAUGCCGGUGGAAUUGCUCAGCCUUCAAAAAAGUCCAGAAUGUCGUCAUCCUCUAGCAUUGAUAGUGGUUCAAAGGGUAGUUUUCGGUUACCAGAACUUGAAUUAGCUGUUUCACCAAAGAAAUAAUUUUCAUACAAUUGUCUAUAUACAGUACAUUCACAUCUUGUCAGUCUAGACAAUUUUAAGCAAUAGUGCACUGCUACACACUUGUUUCUACCGCUCUUCCAAAUGUUCUUUAAAGACAUUCAUGUCUUUUUUCCAAUUUAACUGUAAAUAAGAGAAAUCUGUAUUGUAAUUAAGAAAAUAAUCCAAUCCAAUGUGUGUAGUUUAAAGAAAACAAAAAGUGUGCAUCUGUUUUGUUUAUUGUUUUUUCAUUUGAAAGCUUAUAUUUUUGUACCUUUUAAGAAAUUUUGGGAAAUGGUUAAGUUUAUUCUUUCUGCUGUCUUUCUAAACAUUUUCUAGACACAUCUACAUUAAACAAAUUGAUUUUUUUACCCUGAUUUGAAAGAAUUUUAUAACUUUAAAGCAUCAGUUGAAUAAUCAGUGCUGUAUUGUAUUAUUGCAGAUGAAUAACUCAUUUUAACAGUGAUUGAUUUGAUACCAUUUAAUAAGCACAAUGAUGUUUAAGGGCUGUACAAACUGUAAAUAUACUUAGACACAUAUGGAAUCACAUAUGCUUGUUUCCCAAAUAAUGCCACAGUUCAAAUAUUCUAUUCUAAUGGAAUUUACACAGAGCUUAUAAUCGUCUAAAGUAUUUAUAUCUAUACGAAUAUCUUUUUCAGUGACUUAUUGAGAAUCUCUUAAAAAAUGCACAAUCAAAAAGCUGAGAAAAGCGGUCACUUGCUAUGAUUUUAACGGUUUCUAUGGCAUUUUGUUUUCUUUGUAAUGUCUUCCACAUUUUGAGUAGAGUCGCUCUCUUAUUAAAUUUCAUCCUAUGAAAUGUUGUGCUGCCAUGUGGUGAUAAAACUACAAGAAAGCUAAUGCCAAUGGUUUAAAAAUAUAUUUUUAAUAAAAUCUGCAUUGCCAUUGUAAAUAAUGGGACAUUUAGGCUGCAAGUUACUUUUUCUUGUGUCAAUUGCAAAACAUUAAUAAAGUGUUCAAUUAUCAGUA